GCAAGUUUGGUUUUCUUCCUUGUUAUACACAGUGGGUUAGUCAUCUCAAUCACCGAGGAAAUAUCUGUGGUGUUGAUUUUAUUUGGCUUCGUAAUCCUAAUAUGUCCAGAAAACCGUUGAAGACAAGUUUUGCAGAAGCUGUUUUUGGUAUAAUUAAGAAUCAGCUCGGAAAAGUUUCAGUGUCUGAAAAGGAUGAAACAAAUGAUGAUUUAAUUAGAUACUCAACUUUGUGUGAAGCACUUCGCCAGGUAAAUUUGAUUGAUCUCCCUUAUGGGUUGAGUUUUCAAGAAACAAAGAAUCUAUGGACACAAGCCGCCAUUGAUGGAAAUGGUGUAGCCAGUUAUGAACAAUUUCUGCAGAGGCUAAGGAGUUUUGCAUGUUCCGAACAGACAGAGGAAAAUGUGAAUGGGAGAACUGAUGCAUGCAACGAAGAAGAAGUUGUAGGCUUCAAAGUGAAGCAUGCUGUUUUAUUUCCCCGGGAAGUCGAGAUAGGGACGUGGCCCGACGGUUAUUCCCUCUCCGAUCACGCCCGACUUCGAGUCGAGUUUUCACCAGUAAUGCUGCAGUGUUCUUAG